CAAAGUGGGAGGGGGAAACGGGGAUCGACCCCAACAGGUCUCUCUUUCUCUCUAGACUCCAUACAGCAUAGAGCGUAUCUCCAGCAAUCUACCCUCCACCUAUACAGCAGCUACAACAGGGGUCUCAUUCUCUAAUUCGCUCAUCAAUUCUUACCAACUUUGUUCAUCCUAAGAAGUAAGAUCUCCAUUAACAAAUCGAUAUAUCUUACCUGGGCUCCACACUCACCCGUUACGUCUUUUAUUUAUUUUUGGGACAUAAUUAAUCACUCGCCCUUUACUUGCGCUCAAUGAAAAUGUUCUUCUGGGUUCAUCACAGAUUCUUCUCCAAUUAAUGUCUCACUUGCCAAAUAAAAAGGGAGUUUUUUUUUCUUUCUCAGAUGAGUGAAUUAGUUUAGGUUUAACUGCAUUGAAUCAGAGGACUCGGAACAGACUGGUUUAAUGGCGUUGAAGGGUUUUCCUAGUUGGGUUUGUUCUGUUCCUCUUCCUCCUCAUAACUUGGGUAAAGGAGAUUUCAACUUUAAACGUUCUGGGUUUGCUUUGGAUUUGAAGACAAAGAAAGUUUACAGUGUUUUGGAAGGUUAUUCAACUCAAAAGGCGAUAACUUCUGUGGAAGAUGAAAAUCCAUCAGUGAGAUUAAAGCGUGCAGUAGAUCAAGUGGAUACUAAAGAAGAAAGAAAAUUUCAUAAAGAUUUGAACUUUCUUCCUCGACCUUUAUCUGUGACUGAUUUUUCUGCUUCUCCUAGUAAUGGUUCAAAUAUGCGUGUGGCAUAUCAGGGGGUACCAGGAGCAUACAGUGAAGCUGCUGCCCUUAAAGCAUACCCUGGAUGUGAGGCUGUCCCUUGUGAUCAGUUUGAAGCAGCAUUCAAGGCGGUUGAAUUGUGGCUGGUUGAUAAAGCAAUCCUUCCCAUUGAGAAUUCCUUAGGUGGAAGCAUACAUCGUAAUUAUGAUUUACUCCUUCGACAUAGACUUCAUAUUGUUGGUGAAGUACAGUUGGCUGUUAAUCAUUGCCUUCUGGGACUGCCUGGCAUAAGAAAGGAAGACCUGAAACGCGUCAUAAGUCAUCCACAGGCACUUGCACAAUGUGAAAUUACACUUAGCAAGUUAGGUGUUGUCAGGGAAAGUGUGGAUGAUACUGCUGGUGCUGCUCAGCAUGUAGCCUCACACCAACUAAGAGAUACUGGCGCUGUUGCAAGUUCUCGAGCUGCAGAAAUAUAUGGUCUCAACAUACUUGUGGAAGGUAUCCAGGAUGACUGUGACAAUAUUACUCGCUUUUUGAUACUUGCGAGAGAACCAAUUCUAGCAAAAACUGAUAGACCCUUUAAGACAAGCAUUGUAUUUACGCUAGAAGAAGGUCCUGGAGUAUUGUUUAAAGCCUUAGCAGUGUUCGCUUUGAGAGACAUUAAUUUGACUAAGAUUGAGAGCCGACCCCAGAAAAAGAGGCCAUUUAGGGUUGUCGAUGACUCUAAUAAUGGGACUGCCAAAUAUUUCGACUACCUAUUUUAUAUCGAUUUUGAAGCGUCAAUGGCAGAACGUCGCUCACAAUCUGCUUUAGGGCAUCUUCAGGAAUUUGCAACAUUUCUUCGUGUCCUGGGAAGCUAUCCGAUGGAUACCAUGUCCUAAGAAUCUAGCUGUCUUUUCAUUCCUUUUAGGGUUCCCAACCUCACAGUAUAAACUCAGUUGAUUCUUUUAUCCCUUUCUCAGAUAGAUUGGAUACAAGCGAAAAUCCUUUAACAAGAUCAACAUUUUCCUUUCAUAGUUCAGAUGAAGCUAUUGUGACUUUGCUCAAUUGUUGAUGAUCUAAGGUGGUUAGUUAUAGAUCCUUUAGACCGCUCGUGCACAAAAUAUUGGAACGCACACCAAUUUUCUGUCUGUUGUUUCAUCUUUGUUCUUUUUAGUGUUGUACUUUACAAUAUGGUUGAUACAGAUUCCAGAUGCACUGUAUAUAAUUCUUGUUCCCUGUUCAGCCUUCUAAGGUACAGCUAUAAGCGUAAAUCAGCAAAAAACUUCAGUACAUUGCUAUGGAAGUUGGAGACUGAUGUCUUUUUUAAGA